AUGGAGCCUAGCAGAAAAGGUUGGCACAUGAUUGAGAUUGUUUCGGUCUUGGUCUUUCUGUGCCUAGUCUCGGUGGCGCUACGAGUCAUUGCUCGCAUUCGGAGGAGAGUCGGGUUCGAUGUCGAUGAUUAUCUGAGUAUUGUGUCCAUGGUGCUACUCAUUGGCAUGUUGGCCGAGCUGGUUCUCUGGUGUACGAUUGGAGGCAAUGGAGCUCACAUUGCAGAUCUUUCUGCGCACACCAUCAAGAACUAUUGGAAGAUCUUCCUCGCCAACCAAUUUACAUACUUCGUCCUCUGCCCCUGCAUCAAGAUCUCGAUCAUCUGCUUCUAUCGACGCAUCUUCGCAACCCCAAAAUUCCAAUGGGUCAGCUUCGGCUUAAACUGCUUGAUUGCCGCCUGGGCUACAGGAAUCUUCCUCGCAUGCGCGGGGCAAUGUCGACCCCUACGGGCCUACUGGGACCACAGCGUUGAGGGGAAAUGCUUCAAUGCACAAGAAUUCAUCAUCGUCAACCAAGCCUUCAAUGUACUAAUGGACUUCGUCAUCCUCCUACUUCCAGUCCCAAUGAUCUGGAACCUUCACCGCGCCUGGCAAGACAAGCUCGCGCUGAAUGGUGUAUUCGCCCUCGGUGCGUUCGUCUGUUUCGCCAGUAUCUACCGCAUCAUCGCGCUCUUCUGGAUCAACCCGACAGACCCAACAUUCACCGUCUACCAGGCGACUCUGUGGACGCACAUCGAGCCCGCCGUUGGCUUGAUCUGCUCUAAUCUGCCGGUCAUCCGUGGCCUGUUCCCCGCCCUCAAGCUCAAGAGCUCCCGAAAUGGAACCGGGCCUGGGUAUAUCAAUACCGACUACACGAAUUCUUUGUUUUUGUCGAAGUCUAGUCCCCGCUCGCCGGAUCUCGAGUACAUCAAGAUGUACAAUGCGCAGAUUGAGAGUAAAGCGCCCGGUUAUCUCGGUGAUGAUCUCCAUCCGCGGAAUAUCAAUGUUCAAACGGAUAUUUCCAUCCUCCCGAGCAAUGAUUCGACUGCUAAGCUGAACACUUGA